AACAUAAUGAGUGGACGUGGAAAGGGAGGUAAAGGACUUGGAAAAGGAGGCGCUAAGCGUCACCGUAAAGUCCUCCGUGAUAACAUCCAGGGAAUCACUAAGCCCGCUAUCCGUCGCCUGGCUCGCCGUGGUGGAGUCAAACGUAUCUCCGGUCUUAUCUACGAGGAGACCCGCGGUGUGCUUAAGGUUUUCCUGGAGAACGUCAUCCGUGAUGCCGUCACCUAUACUGAGCACGCCAAGAGGAAGACCGUGACCGCCAUGGAUGUGGUAUACGCUCUCAAGAGGCAGGGCCGCACUCUGUACGGCUUCGGCGGUUAAAUCUACCACCUCUUUACUACAA